ACAUGCAAAUGCCUGUGAAACAGACUGAGAAUCUGGCUGAGGCAAAUGCAUCAGAGGAGGACAAAAUAAAAGCUGUCAUGUACCAGUCCAGUCUGUACUAUUAUUCCAGCAGUGAUGCGAUGAAGCUGCUUGGACUGCUUCCACCAAACUACAUCUGUUACCGCUGUGGGAUCCCUGGACAUCACAUUAAAAACUGCCCAACCUAUGGGGACGAAGGUUUUGCUCCUCGUAAACGCGUAUGGAAAUGCGCAGGGAUUCCUCGUAGUUUCCUGGUGGAGGUGGAUGAUCCUCACAGAAAGGGAGUCAUGAUGGACCGCAGAGGGAAAUACGUCAUUCCCAUUAUGGAUGCCGAGGCCUAUGCUAUUGGGAAGAAAGAGAAGCCACCCUUCUCUGUCCAGAAUGAGCCCUCAUCCUCAUCAGAUCCAGUGCCUGACGCACUGCUGUGUCUGAUCUGUAAGGAUCUGCUGACUGAUGCUGUGAUGAUUCCCUGCUGCAGAAGCAGCUACUGUGAUGAAUGUAUCAGAAUGUGUUUGCUGGAGUCUGAUGGACAUGUUUGUCCUACCUGCAGACAAUCAGAUGUUUCUCCUGAUUCUUUGGCAGCAAACACUGUUUUGCGUCAAGAGGUGAAUCAUUUUAGCAAUGGAACCAGAUCUUUGCAAUUCUACCAAAGUCCAAACCACAGCCGUCAAUCUUGGUCACCCAUUCCGGAAUCCUCAUCAAACAGAGGUCGAGAUGUGAGAAGAAAAUGUUCCCGUUCCAGAUCUCCUCUAAACAGCACUGACAGUGUCUCACCUGCUUCUCAGUUGGAGAGAGAGCGCAUAUAGAGCAGAGGAGACCACGUUACUGAGACUUUUGUAUUUUCCAUCUAGAGUUAGGUGGUAUUGAAAAUGAAACAUAUAAAUUGCAGAAUGGCGGUUGUCUUUUUGUGUUUUUAAAUACAAGAAGCUUUGAACUUUCACCCACAAACUCAUAUUAGUUCUGUUAUACUAAUAUUAGUUCCCAUAUGACAAACUAGUAACAGUCAAUUAAGUGCAUAAUGAUACUGCAUGGAAUCAGUGGUCAGAUGUAACAUCAUUUGUGAAAAAUGUCCCAUCUGGAAUUUUUUUUACCGGUCUGGAUAUUGCAGUUAUGAUACACAGUUAUGUAAACUGUAAAUAUCAUUUCUUGCAUAGUUAAUAUAUCAAGAAUAUUGCCUGAAGAAGUACAAAAUAUAUAUUAAUGUCAGACUCUGAUAAACAUACUUUGAUUUGUUUGAAAAACUUUGGGUCUCAGCCAUAAGUUUUUAUGUUGUGAAAAUAUUAUUUUGCAAUUCUAAAUAGAAAACAUUUCAUAUGUUUAUGAUAAAAUAAUAUUCCCAUUAAAUGGAUAAAGUAGCACAGUUUAAAAAAGCAUUGCUUGCCUGAAAUUUACUGUACUAUAAAAAUGCAGUGACAACUUUUCGUUCAUUAAGAGAUGACAGUUUGCUGCCUGAUAAUAGAAAAAUAAUAAUACAUCUGAUCUAUUAAAAUGUGUCAGUAGCAGUAAAAUGUGUCAGUUUAAAAAAAUCCUGUUAAAUUGAUGAAUUAAAAAUGCAGUUACAAACUUUUAGUCAUUAAGAGACAACAGUUUGGCCAACAGCCAAACUGAUGAAAUCACAUGACUUUGGUGCUCCAAACCGCUGAUUGGACACAAAAGAUUCCUAACGCUCCGAAGCUUCC